UGGUCGGGGUCACAGGCCAGGUUCAGCAGGUAGCAAGCAGCGUAGUACAGAGGGUCAGGCAGAGGGAUGGUCAGGGUCACAAGCCAGGGAUCAGAACAGGGAUGGUCAGGAGCGAGCCGGGAUCAGAGCAGGAGAAGUCAGCAGCGGUUCAGAAACAGGAUGCAGGACAGAAACAGGAUACAGGGCCCAGGACAAACACAACACCAAGGCAGAGUCUGUGGGUCUGGCCAUCCCUUAAAUACCCCAGCAUAAUCAGUUCCAGGUGUUAGCUGGCUGCAAAGUUGAGUCUCUGAUUGCUGGGAGCAUCCGCUGGCCAGCCCUGGUACUGCAGAUCAAAAGGCAGGUGAGUCCCACCAUUGCUGGCCAGUCCAUUCCUGACAGUGACCCAGGUAACAACACAAGUCCUGACAAUAUUUUUAUCACACAUCAUUGACAUACUUAGAAUUACAACCCAAA